GUCUUUAUAAAGCAGAAGGGACAGGCGGCUAGUGGUUCCCCUGACACUAAUUCAUCUCUACCCAGCUUCUUCAUCACAAAAGUUUCAAAUUUAUUUUGUGUAGAAAGGGGCUAAUGUUCAUUUUGCACUCGAUCUGAUAUUCUGAUUGUUGUGAAUGAUAUAGUUUCUACCUAUCCUCGCUGAUUCCAUCUUGCAAUUCUCAUCUUCUAGCUCCUUAGAAUUUAUUUGUUUUUUCCAAAAUUGUUUUUUAUUGAUGGAGCAAAAUCCAGUAGGGGAAACUGCCUCGACUAGACGUGAUUACAUCCAUUGAGGUUGACAAUGAAGCGUUAUAUUUAUAUUAAUCACGAUGAUCUAGCACAAGAUCUCUAUUGUGACAAUCGCAUAUCAAACAGAAAGUAUACCCUAUGGAAUUUUCUUCCAAAAAAUUUAUGGGAACAAUUCAGCCGAUUUAUGAACCAGUACUUUCUGUUGAUUGCAUGCCUUCAACUAUGGUCGCUCAUUACUCCAGUCAAUCCUGCAAGUACCUGGGGUCCUCUUAUAUUUAUAUUUGCAGUCUCAGCAACCAAAGAGGCAUGGGAUGAUUAUAAUAGGUAUCUCUCAGAUAAGAAAGCAAAUGAGAAAGAAGUGUGGGUUGUGAGGCAGGGAGUCAAAAAACUUAUUCAAUCUCAAGACAUUCAUGUUGGGAACAUAGUGUGGCUUCGUGAAAAUGAUGAAGUUCCAUGUGAUCUCGUUUUGCUUGGUACUGCAGAUCCACAGGGGAUUUGUUACGUGGAGACAGCUGCACUAGAUGGAGAAACCGACCUGAAGACAAGGGUGAUACCUUCUGCUUCCAUGGGAAUAGAUUUUGAGUUAUUGCAUAAAAUCAAGGGUGUAAUUGAAUGUCCCAGUCCAGACAAAGAUAUUAGAAGAUUUGAUGCAAAUUUGCGGUUGUUUCCUCCGUUCCUUGAUAAUGAUAUGUGUCCUUUGACCAUUAAAAAUACCCUCCUUCAGUCAUGUUACUUGAGGAACACAGAGUGGGCUUGUGGAGUUGCUGUUUAUACAGGCAAUGAGACCAAGCUUGGCAUGAGCAGGGGUAUAGCUGAACCAAAGCUUACAGCUGUAGAUGCCAUGAUUGACAAGUUGACUGGGGCGAUAUUUGUUUUUCAGAUAGUGGUUGUCAUUGUUCUAGGCAUAGCUGGAAACAUUUGGAAGAAUACAGAAGCAAAGAAGCAAUGGUAUGUUGAAUAUCCAAAUGAAAGCCCUUGGUACGAACUUCUAAUCAUCCCUUUGCGGUUUGAGCUUCUCUGCUCUAUCAUGAUUCCCAUAUCAAUAAAGGUAUCAUUAGAUCUCGUAAAAAGCUUGUAUGCAAAAUUCAUUGAUUGGGAUGAUCAGAUGGUUGAUCUAGAAACAAGAAUCCGGUCCCACGCAACAAACACAGCAAUUAGUGAGGACUUGGGGCAAGUUGAGUAUAUAUUGACUGAUAAAACAGGAACGCUUACUGAAAAUAAAAUGAUCUUCAAACGAUGUUGCAUAAGGGGAACUUUUUACGGGAAUGAAAAUGGAGAUGCUUUAUCUGAUGCAGAGCUGCUUAAUGCCGUAUCUACUGGUUCCACUGAUGUCAUUCAAUUUCUAAAAGUUAUGGCAAUAUGUAAUACUGUAGUUCCUAUACAAAGCAACACUGGAGUAAUCUCAUACAAGGCACAAUCUCAAGAUGAAGAAGCUCUUGUAAGAGCUGCUGCUAGCUUGCACAUGGUUUUUGUUAAUAAAAAUGGGAAUGUUCUUGAAAUAAAUUUCAAUGGUUUAUUACUACGGUAUGAAGUGUUGGACAUUCUGGAGUUCACUUCUGACAGGAAAAGAAUGUCUGUAGUGGUUAAAUGUUGCCUAAGUGGAAAAAUUUACCUCUUGUCCAAAGGAGCAGAUGAAGCUAUUCUUCCCCUUGCACGUUCUGGACAACAGACAAGAACUUUCUCUGAAGCUGUCGAACAAUAUGCUCAACUAGGCCUGCGGACAUUAUGCCUUGCUUCACGCGAAUUAGAUGACGACGAAUAUCGAGAAUGGUCUUUGAUGUUUAAAGAGGCUAAUAGUAAAUUAGUUGAUAGAGAGUGGAGAGUGGCUGAAGUCUGCCAAAGAUUGGAGCAUGAUUUUGAGAUUCUUGGAGUAGCUGCCAUAGAGGAUCGUCUACAGGAUGGUGUACCAGAAACAAUCAGCACACUUAGGAAAGCUGGAAUAAACUUUUGGAUGUUGACUGGAGACAAGCAGAACACUGCAAUACAGAUUGCCCUUUCUUGCAAUUUUGUGUCACCGGAGCCUAAAGGCCAGCUUCUUUUGCUUAGUGGGAAAACUGAAGAUGAAGUUUGUAGGAGUCUAGAGAGAGUUUUGCUUACUAUGAGAAUCACAAAUACUGAACCUAAGGAUGUAGCUUUUGUUGUUGAUGGCUGGGCUCUCGAAAUUGCCCUUAAGCAUUACCGUAAAGCGUUCACAGAACUUGCAAUUUUGUCAAGGACUGCUAUAUGUUGUCGUGUUACUCCAUCCCAAAAGGCCCAGCUUGUAGAACUUCUGAAAUCAUGUGAUUACAGAACGUUGGCCAUAGGGGAUGGUGGAAAUGAUGUGAGGAUGAUCCAACAAGCUGACAUUGGGGUUGGCAUAAGUGGGAGAGAAGGAUUGCAGGCAGCCAGGGCAGCUGAUUAUAGCAUUGGAAAGUUCAGAUUUUUGACAAGAUUAAUACUUGUGCACGGGAGAUAUUCAUAUAACCGCACAGCAUUUCUUUCCCAAUAUUCCUUCUAUAAGUCCCUGCUAAUUUGUUUUAUCCAGAUCUUUUUCUCUUUCAUUUCAGGCGUCUCUGGGACCAGUCUUUUUAACUCUGUCAGCUUGAUGGCUUAUAAUGUUUUCUACACUAGUAUCCCUGUUUUAGUCAGUGUUCUUGACAAAGAUCUUAGUGAAAAUACUGUAAUGCAGCAUCCACAAAUAUUAUUUUACUGCCAAGCAGGAAGGCUUCUCAAUCCUAGCACGUUUGCUGGAUGGUUUGGGCGCGCUCUCUUUCAUGCGAUUGUUGUGUUUGUCAUCACCAUACAUUCAUUCGUUUUUGAGAAAAGUGAGAUGGAGGAGGUAUCCAUGGUUGCACUGUCUGGAUGUAUUUGGCUGCAGGCAUUUGUUGUUGCUUUAGAAACAAAUUCUUUCACAAUAUUGCAACAUCUUGCAAUAUGGGGGAAUCUGGUAGCUUUUUAUGCCAUCAACUUGAUUGUUAGUGCCAUUCCAUCGUCGGAGAUGCACACAAUUAUGUUCAGACUAUGCCGUCAGCCAUUGUACUGGACUACGAUUAUACUUAUUACAAUGGCAGGGAUGGGUCCAGUGCUUGCUCUGAAGUACUUCCGAUACACGUACAGAUCGAGUAAAAUCAACAUACUUCAGCAGGCUGAGCGUUUGGGAGGGCCAAUUCUGUCAUUGGGAAAUAUAGAGUCUCAGUCGAGAUCUUUAGAGAAAGAUAUCUCCCCCUUAUCAAUAUCGCAGCCAAAGAAUCGCAAUCCUGUAUAUGAGCCUCUGCUCUCAGAUUCUCCAAGUGCCACAAGACGGUCUAUAGGACCAGGUACACCAUUCGAUUUCUUUCAGUCGCAAACCAGAUUGUCUUCAACCUAUAUGAGAAAUUCCAAGGAUAACUGAUGUCUCAAUUCUUGAUGGAUUAAAGCAAGUUUAAAGAAAACUCUGUUUAACAUGAUUCUUGGUUCACCAUCAUAUGACAUGGCUUUAGGGAUGGAAUUUUGCCAUGAGUAUCGAGUGGUCUCUUGUAAUUAAUUAAAGGGCCCCGAAUUUUCUUUUUACUUGGAGGUCUACACGAGAAUGAUGACGACUGUUGUGAUUAAAGGGCAUCAAGUGGAUUUCAAUUUUUGACAAGACCUGGGGAUAAAUACAUUAAAUCAUUCUAGGGAAAAGUAAUGUCGAGUAUUUUAUUUGGAAAAUGAUAAACAAAUAGGGGUUGACAGACCUCUGUCCAAAUAGCAUGGCCCAUUUUAUUUA